ACAACCCAAAUGUUGAAGAUUUUUGUCCCCAUAGAUUCUUGUCCUUUUUCAUGUACUACAGUCUCUGUCACCAAACACAAAAUCUAAGCAUGAGUUCUUUUUCUUACUCUGCAAUGGAUUUGGUGUUCCCUCUGAAACCCCACACACUGAUUCUCAAUGCACCCUCUUCAUCCCUCUUCCUCCCUCGCCGUCUUCCUGUAAAGUUCCGCUCUUUAAGCCCCCUCUGUGCUUCCAAGCAUGUCAAGAUUCAAUGCGAGCUUGAAGGGAAGAUCAAUGGUGCCCUUUCUGGUGACUUGGACCCUCGCUUCAUCGACAGGCAAAAAGCACUGGAAGCAGCGAUGAAUGAUAUAAACAACUCUUUUGGAAAGGGUAGUGUAACAAGAUUGGGCAGUGCCGGUGGAGCUUUGGUUGAAACAUUUCCCAGUGGCUGUUUGACUUUAGACUGUGCUUUAGGUGGCGGUCUUCCUAAAGGAAGAAUUGUAGAGAUAUUUGGACCAGAAAGCAGUGGGAAGACCACCCUGGCACUUCAUGCUAUUGCGGAAGUGCAGAAACUAGGAGGCAAUGCUAUGCUUGUUGAUGCAGAGCAUGCUUUUGAUCCAGCAUAUUCUAAAGCGUUAGGAGUGGAUGUGGAAAAUUUGAUUGUGUGCCAACCGGAUAAUGGAGAGAUGGCUCUUGAGAUCGCAGAUCGUAUGUGUAGAUCUGGUGCUGUAGAUCUCAUUUGUGUGGACUCAGUCUCUGCCCUCACUCCCCGUGCAGAAAUUGAGGGUGAGAUUGGAAUGCAGCAAAUGGGAUUGCAGGCUCGUCUUAUGAGUCAAGCUUUGCGUAAGAUGUCUGGAAAUGCCUCUAAAGCUGGUUGCACUCUUAUAUUUUUGAAUCAAAUAAGAUACAAGAUUGGUGUCUAUUAUGGAAAUCCAGAAGUGACAAGUGGUGGAAUUGCAUUGAAGUUCUUCGCAUCAGUUCGGCUAGAAGUUCGUUCUACAGGGAAGAUAAAGUCUGCUAAAGGAGAUGAAGAAAUUGGUGUUAAAGUUCGUGUAAGAGUGCAAAAGAGCAAGGUAUCAAGACCGUACAAACUAGCUGAAUUUGAGAUUAUAUUUGGAGAGGGAGUCAAUAAGCUGGGUUGCAUUUUAGAUUGUGCGGAAAUGAUGGAUAUUGUCUUAAAGAAGGGAUCUUGGUACAGCUAUGGGGACCAACGGUUAGGACAGGGAAGGGACAAAGCAAUACAAUACUUGAAUGAGAACCCACAUCUUCUACACGAAGUUGAAAAGAUAGUUCGUUCUUCAUUGAUUGAUGGAACUAACCAAACAAGCCUGGGGUACAUGAAGUUUAGUCCAACGCUCCAUCAAGAUGACGACGACACAUUUGAGGAAGCUCAAUGAUAAGGAAAUUGUUUUCUGAUAGUUCGGGCGAUAAGUCACGAGUUGGAAAAAUUCUUUCUACAACACAACUUGAAAUGGAGGUGGUUUUGAUGAUUAGAUAAUUUUUUUGGUUCAUCUUGUUCCAUUUGAAGUGUUGAAGAAAUUGAUGGCAUGUGAUUAUGUGAAGCAUGAGAUAUACUACAAAAAAAAGGGUGUAAGUGAAAUUAAAAGGGGGUUUGAAUUAUUGUUUCUCCCACUCAAAAUGUGCAGUGAAUUGCCACAUCAUGUCAUCUUGAUUAUUUGUAUAUUCGGUUCUCAUCUAGUGCUUGAAUUAUUUUCCA